CACGUUAUUCGGACCUAAGUUCGUUGUAGGGGUUGUGAAUCAACAUGGCCUCCGCAGAUAUCAUCAACCAUGAUGACCAUGAUGAAUCCCACGAUGACGAUGCCUCUGAGUCCGCACCCCUUCUUCGAGAUAGCAUCAGAGUCGCUGGAGAUGCGUCUGUCUCAGAAGAACCGCAUGUCAUACCCCUCAGGCUUAAGCAGCGUAUAAUCCUGCUCCUAUGCGCUUUUGCCUUUACUACCAUGCUUGGCGACAAUCUACAGCCAGCAGCACUGAUUCAAAUCUUCGAAGAUGUUAUCUGUGAUGACUACUACAACAUGCACCCAGUGCCUCCAGCGUUGAACACCACUGCUUCCUCAACAUAUCUGGCUGAUAAAUGCAAGGCACAACCUGUGCAAAAGGAGCUUGCGUUGGUACGCGGCUUCCAGCAACUAGUCCCCGUCUUCGCUGCGCUGCUGUGCACCGUGCCAUAUGGUCUGUUAGCAGAGCACAUUGGGCGUAAGCGUGUACUCAUCCUGAAUGUUGUCGGUAUUCUCACUGCACUUUCAUGGGUGCUGGCUGUAUGCUACUGGCGAUUUGCUUCGAUACGCUGGGUUUGGCUUUCGGGGGUCUUUCUCUUUGUCGGUGGCGGCGACGCUGUCAACUCCAGCUUAGUACAUGUCAUGGUUACCGAUGCGACAGACCAGGCUGAACGAGCGCAGAUCUUCUUGUUUCUUCAUGCGGCGGAUGUGAUAUCGGGCUUCUUUGGACCGGCUGUUAGCGCUGCGUUGAUGGAGAAAGGAUAUACCUGGACUGUUAUGCUGCUUAGCCAGGGAGUGCUUUUCUCGGCCAUGGCUCUGCUUGUGCGAUUCAUCCCGGAAACGCUGGACUUGAGGAGCACGUUUUCUCUUAACUCAGAACUGACGUCUCCGCGAGUUGCAGUCUCUUCUACAGCCAAAGCAGCAAACCCAAUCGUCGCCGCAAUCUCUAGUGUAGUGACACCUCUCUUCAGCGUGCUGAUAUCAAACCGGCAAGCCCUUUUGCUCCUCUGCAUUCUAGCCCCUCAGACUGCUGCCCGAGAUCUCUUCACUAUGAUCGGCCUGCAAUACUCCAGCGCCAAAUACUCUCUUUCUUACAGCCGAGGCAAUAUACUUCUCUCCCUCUUUCAAGGCGCACAAGGCCUGGUCGUCCUCGUGCUCCUCCCCUUGCUCACCCGCCUCGUCGCUGACCAGCGUGGCUGGACCGCCUGGGCGCGCGACCGUGUAUAUGCCAUCAUGUCCAUUGCCGUGACGGCAUCCGGCUUACUGGUCAUAGCUGUUGCGCCGGCUCUGGGGAUUGAGGCCACCGGACUUCUGCUGGUGGCGUGCGGUAGCUGUACAACAGGCCUGUUGAUGAGUUUACUGGGGGGAGCCGUACAGCCGAGUCAAGUGAGCGCAGUAUAUAGUGCAGCGAUGAUGCUGAGCGUUGCGGCUCGGAACCUGAUAGGCCCCGUGGUAAAUAUAUUAUUGGUAAAGGGCCUGGAGCUGGGAUGGAAUUGGAUGGGUCUGCCAUUUGCAGUUAUGGCGAUGUUUAUGGCGUGUAUGAUGGUAGCAAGCUUGUUUAUUAGGAAAGAUAAGGGGAAUUUUGGUGAGGAGUAGAAUGAGUAGCGCUUUUUUUGGGGGGGGGG